GUGGCCCCCGCCAGAGGGUGGAUAUGCACACGGAAUGAUCCCAUUGUGUUCAUUCAGUAUGUAAUCACACCUCUGGCGGGGGCUAAAGUGUUAUAUUGCCAAAUCUUGACAAAUGUAUGAACAGUCAGACCAAUACAAUUUUCUAAUUGUUACCACAAUAACAGCUCUUUCAGAUAAUGGCUUUAGACUGUAUGGCAGACUUGUUUAACAACGAUAAUUUCAAACAUUACUUUUUAACCAUUUGUUUCGUAGAUAAAAUAAUUGUAACCCACUCUUGAUUUUCCAAACGAUGGCAGCUUCCAAGUCCAUAUUAAACCAUCUUGCUAUUUUGACUAUAAAUGUCGUGUCCAAACAUAUUUGAUACGUAUUAUACGUAAUUCUAUAUAUGAUAUUGCUUAUUUUCAGUACUUAUUCUUAAUUUAAUAGCUUUUUUAGCAAAGUAGUACAUAAAAACUUACCUGCGGGCACGCUGGCCUAAACUUUAUAUUGCCACUGUAAUGAAGUUAUAUGAUCAAAGCUUAAUGAUGAUUGUUGUUGAAAACUAGUUACCUUGUGAAUUGAAAUGUGUCUGAUUUGGUGUCUGUAGCUAUAGGGUUGUAUGCCCGCUUCGAAGUUAUAUGUACAGUCUGUCCUCUAUCCGGAUCAUGUAAAACAAGUACUGAAAAGAGACCAAUUCAACACUAUCAUUGCAAUAAAAAAUAUUCUUGAUAAUACUAACCUGGGACGAAAAAUGCUACUAAUCUACAUCAUCAAAUGUGUUAAGUAUAUUCACUCGAAAAACUAUCCUUUUUACAAAAUACAUGAUGAAUUGAUCUCUGAAAGCUUAAAACACAGUACACAAUAUGUAGGAAAUAAAAUGCAUUUACCAAGUUGUUUAAAUGCAUGCCCAAUCCCAAAUCAUAUUCAUCCUUUAUGUUCUGGUCGCAAACUGUAUAGUAAUCGGGUAAAAUGUUAUCCUGUCUUUAUAUGUACUUGUCCCUUUAGCAUGAAAAAAUGCUUUGAAAACAAUUGAACAUAAACUAAAAUGACAAUAUCAUGAAGGGAUUUCUUCAAGCAAAAAACAGGAGUCCAAAACAAAUAUUAAUACAACUGUCUGGAGGAAAAGCAACAUUUUCAAAUACUCGCAAGCCAUUACAAUGAUAAAAUUCCUAUUGAAAAUAAAAUUUUGAUGAUCCAUAUAGCCAAUGUCGUAUACGAAUUAACAUGUUCAGUGCCUUUACAUAAGAUAUGUAUCGCUACAUGCACUAGAACAUGCCAAUGCGACGUUGUUUUAGACUUAUUCGGCGGAGAAAACGGUAUUCCUUGACAUGUGCGUGCUCAACAACAGUUGUUCUAGAAGUUGUCCGUGUAUAACAGCCAUGUGCGUGUUCAACAGCAAUCGUCAAAACCAAUCGAAACUCAACUUUACCUUGAAAAUAACGCCAUUAGCAAUCGAUGUAUCCAUUUUUUGCCAGUUACAAUACGUCCGCAUGAACAACUGGUACUUAAACAGUGGCAAUUAGUGUGAAAACAGAAAUAUUAUUUUUAGUCCGUGUACAACAGCAAUUGACGGUUCAGGAAAUCUCUAAAUAUUCCAGGAGUAAUCUCCACACUCAGACCAACCAGAGGGAAACGGUUGAUACUCAAUGAAACCGCGUCCGGCUGACCUUAUGAUAGGCCUCUACCGAUUAAAAACAAACAAUGCCGGGACACAGCUCAUUCACGCUACUCCUAAUCUGCUGCUUAAGUCUGUGGGUACCAGCUCAGACCUUAUUACGACUCGAAACCAACGUGACAUUAAUCAGGAACGGGAACACAACUUCCGCCGCAUUCGUCUGUCGAGCAGGUAAAGGGCAGCUAUACUAUCUAAACCACGUGAUCACUUGGUCAAAAAUCGGGCGAGACGGUCAUGAGAGGUACCUGUCGAUCAACUGGGAUCUCGUGCAGCACGGCGUGAACAUGGGCUACAGCGUGAGGUCAAUGUUUGAGGAGCAAAAGGACUUUGCAACCGUCUCAAAGAACCUCAUAGAGGAGCCGGUGGUAUUCAUGCUUGGAAAGUCAGAACUGGUACCCGCAGACCACGGCGAGUACGUCUGUCGCGUGCACGACCUUGACCGGAAGUGGCUAGCAGAGUCAUCUGUGCCGGUGAUCAUGUUUGAAAAUGGCCUUGCAAUUACACCUUACAAAGUUAGAGCGGAAGUCGGCAAGGACGUGGGUAUAAACUGUCAACACGAUGCCUCCAAGUCGCCAGGUGGUGAUGUCGUCAUCAGUCACGUGACAGAGGCGGGGCAGAAGACGACACUGACAAAGGGCGGGAAAUUUUUGGCCACAAAAUUUGCUACCAAGUACUCGUUUUCCUUCUAUAGGGACAAUACUACAGGGAUUGAGAAUAGUGUUCUUACAAUAAAAGAUUCGCAGAAGACGGACGAUGGUUACAUUGUCUGUGAACUGAAGAAGAACAACCUUACAUUGGCGGCCACGAAUGCAACGGUUUCUGUAGACGGUGUAAAGCUGAAAGUCGAACCUCUGUUCUACUUGGAAGUACCGCAAGAUGCCGAGGCUGAAUUCCAGUGCGCGUGUGACGUAUCUCACAUCGCAAGUUGCCUCGCGAAUGAAUUCCGUUGGUCGCUUAGCAACUCGAACACCAGUGAGGUCAUGCCAAUCUACAAAUCCGGAAAAGUCGUCGCAGAUAGUAAAAGAUACGAGGUUAUGCCAGGGGAUAAUGGCGCUUCCUUGAACUUGACUAUACACGGAAUGCAGGUGGGCGAUACGGACUACAUAUGUUCCCUGCACAACAAAACCACCGGCAAGCAACUUGCACGUGCAUCACUGCCUUCCAACGUCAUUCCUGUUACGUUACGUUCAAUGGCGUUAAUCGAGACUGGAGCAACGAGCGACAGGGUUCGGCUGUUGUGCGCUCUGAGCGGUAUCAUGUGGGACAAGCGCUACUUCGACAAUCAUCGCCUUGUGUGGUCGCGCCACGCCCAUGGGGUCAACAAGAGGGUGGCAAGUAAUGGUCGCGUUGACCCGCUGUUCGACCAGGCCAGAUACAGCAUCGUGUUCGACGUCAAUAAUAACUAUUCGGUGAUUGAAAUCGCAUCUGUCACCGAGGCGGAUUACGGAGACUACAUCUGUGAGCUCAUAAACAUCAACAACAAUCAGAGCCUGUUGAAGAAGACACUGCACAUGUUCGGCAGAGGCAACACCACCACGUUUGGGACGUAACGUUAACGUGAUCAAGCGAAUGUGUGGAGUCCAGAUUGAAAAUACAUCGACUGGACGUGUGUUGUAAUAUGUAUGACAGCUUGUGAUCUAAAUAGAUCAAUUGAAAGAA